AGAGUCCGGCUCACUUCCGCCAGGCAGCGGACCCCUCGGGCUCGGAGCCUCGGAGACCGGCUCCGUGCCAUGGAGUCAUCCCAGAAUCGGCGGAGAAGGCCGCGGACAGUGGUACCUGGGGAAGCUGCGGAGACCGAGUCGGAGCUGUCUGCAUCCUCGUCCGAGGAGGAACUAUACCUGGGUCCCUCGGGCCCUACGCGCGGCCGUCCCACGGGGCUGCGUGUGGCCGGGGAGGCGGCGGAGACCGACUCGGAGCCUGAGCCCGAGCCCACGGUUGUGCCGGUCGACCUGCCCCCGCUCGUGGUGCAGCGCGAUGCGGCGGAGACGUGGGGCACCGAGGAGACCCCUGCCAUGGCGCCUGCGCGCUCGCUGCUGCAGCUCCGGUUGGCUGAGAGCCAGACGCGCCUGGACCACGACGUAGCGGCUGCGGUGAGCGGCGUGUACCGCCGUGCGGGUCGCGAUGUGGCCGCCCUGGCGGGGAGGCUGGCAGCUGCUCAGGCCACCGGGCUGGCAGCCGCCCACAGCGUGCGCCUGGCCCGCGGGGACCUCUGCGCGCUCGCCGAGCGCCUGGAUAUCGUGGCUGGCUGUCGCCUGCUGCCGGACAUACGAGGGGUUCCUGGUAUCGAGCCCGAGCAGGACCCGGGACCUAGAGCCUAGGCUCUAUGUCACUCUGUGUCCCCCACCUGACUCUGCCUCUUGGUGAACAUUCAUACCACCUGUGGCAUCUGACUCUGUUUUUGUUCCUGGAUCGCCGAGGCCUCCAAUGCGUGGUAGCAUUUGAUCAAUGCCGACAGAAGCCGAAUCCUUGCAUCUUCUUUGAUAUUCUUAGCACAAUUCCGGGAUCCCCAAUCCAAGACUCGGCCCAGGUUCUGUGGCUAUCAAGUAGCUUAGCCCCUAUCCCUUCAUUCUGGUCCUGUUUCCUAAAUUCAGCUUUACUCUUGGGCAAAGCCGGAGGUUUCCUUUCGUUUGUUGAGCCUCUCUGAAUUUAGGCUUUGGGGGGUAGUGGUGUCUCUCUAGUUUACAUCCCUAAAUGAUCACUCCUGAUCCGAGGAUACCUUCUUCUUACACAUACCCCUCUUACACACAGAUCGCUUUGGCCAAAUGCAGACCAACCUAGGGCCUGGGUAGCAACCCUAAUUCUUAGGCCUUUGGGUUAGGGGCAGUGCCCCCUGGUGUUUUGAUCGCUAUAGAGACGUGACGCCACAAAUACAAAUCUACCACUCACUGUGUCUCUUUCUGGAUGCUAAAAGGACUUGGAUUCUGACCUCUAUGGGCCCCGAGGAUAACAGGUUCUUUUUGCCUCUUUGGGUUUGGCUUUUUGGGUGUCUUUUGGCCACUCCUUUUGUUUCUGUCUUAAUGAGGAUUCAGUGACCUUAUGUGGAAGGGAGCUUGGGUGGUGGGGUGAGACUGUAGCUCAGUGGUGUUGUGUACGCUUAGUAUGGGCGGCCCAGGGUUCAAUUCCUAGGACCACCCUGCUUCAAAAGAAACAAACAAGCACAUUUUUUUAAAAUUUUAUUUAAUUUUAUUUUUUUUUUUGUUUUUCAAGACAGGGUUUCUCUGUGCAGUCCUGGCCGUCCUGGAACUCACUUUGUAGACCAGGCUGGCCUCAAACUCAGAAAUUCACCUGCCUCUGCCUCCCAAGUGCUGGGAUUAAAGGCGUGUGCCACCACUGCCCGGCCAAACUAGCACAUUCUUAGAUGCCUGUGUCCCCUUUAAAAAUUUACCCGGGGUGGGGAGUGGGGUGGGGCUGGAGAGUUAAGAGCACUGACUGCUCUUCCAGAGGUCCUGAGUUCAAACCCCAGUAACCACAUGGUGGCUCACAACCAUCUGUAAUGGGAUCUGACUCUCUCUUCUGGUGUGUCUGAAGACAGCUACAGUGUACUUACAUAUAAUAAAUAAAUUAUUAAA